AAUGACAAAAGAGAUAUUCCCAUAUAUUGAAGAAAUUUUCCAUGGCAAAAGCAGCUAAACAUCUCACAGAUAAGAGAUAAAUUGGAGUAAACAGCUGUCAGUGUUAAAUAAAUAUCCUGGAUAAUGUGCAGGACAGAAAUAACUACAGCAUCGUCGAACUCCUUUCUUCACUUUAUUUAGCUGUUCUUGCAUGUAGCUCCCAAUCUUUGCACUGCUUCAGUUAGUGGAACAUUUAUUUUUGAGUCAGCUGCAUUUGUUAAGACUGUAACAACGAAAGGCAUUUCCUGAGAAGCUGCAAGGAUGAGCAGCAAGAAAGAACAACAGCUAAGGAAAUACGGAACCCUAGUAGUGCUUUUUAUCUUCCAAGUUCAGAUUUUUGGUUUUGAUGUUGACAAUCGACCUACAACAGAUGUCUGCUCGACACACACAAUUUUACCUGGACCAAAAGGGGAUGAAGGUGAAAAAGGAGAUAGAGGAGAAGUGGGCAAACAAGGAAAGGUUGGACCAAAAGGACCAAAAGGAAGUAAAGGACCUGUGGGGGAUGUCGGUGACCAGGGAAUGCUUGGGAAAAUCGGUCCAAUCGGUGGAAAGGGUGACAAGGGAGCCAAAGGCUUAUCGGGGGUUUCUGGAAAAAAGGGAAAAGCAGGCACUGUCUGUGACUGUGGAAGAUACCGCAGAGUUGUUGGACAACUGAGUAUCAACGUUGCUCGUCUUAACACAUCCAUCAAAUUUGUAAAGAAUGUUAUAGCAGGUAUCAGGGAGACAGACGAGAAAUUCUAUUACAUUGUGAAAGAAGAGAAGAAUUACAGAGAAGCCUUGAUCCACUGCAGGGAUAGAGGAGGAACACUGGCUAUGCCUAAAGAUGAGGCAACCAACGCCCUGAUUGCCGACUAUGUCUCCAACAGCGGCCUCUUCCGCGCCUUCAUUGGGCUGAACGACAUGGAAAAAGAAGGACAGUUUGUGUAUGCAGACAACAGCCCACUGCAGAACUACAGUAACUGGAAGGAAGGGGAGCCUCACGACCCAGCUGGCAGAGAGGACUGUGUGGAAAUGCUCAGCACGGGAGAGUGGAAUGACUCUGAGUGCCAAGUCACCAUCUACUUCGUGUGUGAAUUCCUCAAGAAGAGGAAAUAA